AUGAGCAAAGAACUGGGCGGUGGAGGCAUAAAAGAGGAAAAUACAGAAUGUUGGAAGAGCGUCGACUUGCCUUCAUGGAGCAUCCAUGAUGAGGACAAGUUGGAGGACGGAUUACGGGUGGCUCGUAUUAUCCAGAUCAUCGACACGAUCGUUACGACAAUAAGCCUGGAAAGUGUCCAGGCUACAGUCACCGUUCGCAAGGUGCAGGUGACAACUGCUACCGGGACAGCGACUGCCCUGGCGACCGAAAGUGCUGCGGUACUGUGA